AACCAUGACAAAGUUGUAGCACUUCUCAAUCAGCUACUAAGCCAGGUCGUGUACCAGCCGGAAGGAGGGGCUGGCAGCCAGCGUGUGCGUGUACUGGAACUAGCAACAGCUGUGGCCAUCCGGUUUAAAACGCAUGGUCACAACACACUUCCAAACAAUGCAGCAACACUCCAUUUGCUUUUGGACUUGGCCACUUUCUUUGAUUUUUAUCAUAAAGAAAGGUUCACAGAUGCUUUAGAGGUGCUGAAAAAGUUACGCAUUAUUGCCCUGAGCCGGGAUGAAGUGGAGUCCAGGGUUGCUGGAGUGGCCUCACAUGGAAGUGAGGUCCGUAGUGUUCUCCCACAUGUACUUCUGGCCUCUAUGACUACUACCCACAAACUGUAUCAGAUGCCAUCACAGCAACAGUCCCCACAGAUGUCUUUCAAUGUGUCUGCAACAGCAGCUUCACCAGCAACAAAGCACCUGCAGGAACAGGCUCGUGCCAUUGUCACCUUUGCAGGAAUGAUUCCCAUGAGGCUACACUCGGAGAUAAAUGCACGCUUGGUGCAGCUGGAAGCCCUUAUCAACUAAUUAGGCUGUGUUUUUAUUAUAGUCUUGUACCCAUAUUAUACUUCAUGAGGGAUCAAAAUGUGUCUGGGAGCCUGAAUUGAGGAAAUGAGAACAAAUUACAGUUGCUAUUACUUUUCCUAUUUCUAUUAUGAUGAUCCAUGAGAGUUAAGUCAUUAAGGAGUCAGUUACUAAUCGUAUUGUGUCACCUGUUUACACUUUUCCUUGAUUUUUGGAAAGUUUUCUUUAUUGCUAUUAGCAAUUUAUGAUAUAUUAAUCAUAAUGGCAUAUAAUAGCAUCAAUACUAAUAGCAUCAAGAAAACAUUUUUCCAAAAAUUAUGGAAUUGGGAAAUCAGAUGAGGUAUUGUCAAUCAGUAGGGCCUACUGAUUGACUUCUUGGUGCCUGAGCACUUGUAGAGACAUCUGUCAACAAAAUUCAUAAAAAAUACAGUGCAUAGUACCUGUGGCCAUUGGGUUAAUAAGGUAAAAGUAUUUUUAUGUAUUUAUACUCAUUUCCUAUAUAUUUUUGUUUUGUUUGUUUUUUUCAUUUUAUACAGAUAUGCCUGUAUUAAUUUUGUGUCAUAGCUUUACAGUGAAUUGGCACUAAAAAAACUAAUAGUGUAUGAAAAAUGUGCCAAUUUUAUUAUUGAUUUUCUCCAUUUGUAUGUGUGAAAAUAAACACUUGAUUGAUGA